GACGCGCGCCGGGGUAGUGGGGGCACCGCGGGAGAGGGCUGGGGUCCUGGAGAGGCGCCGCCGCCUCCGCUGCCCGCCCCGCCCGAGGUCCCGAGCUAGACUGUCCCGAGCUUCCCCCAGGCGGGCAGAGGGAAGCCGGCUGGGGAUGAGGAGUGGAGGAGGCAGGAACGCCUGGGACGCUCGCGGGGCGCGGGACGCUCAGCGCGGCGUCCGUAACUACGCUCCCGACUCUGCUUUCUGCACUUGUGCUUUGGGAGAGAGCUCUGGGCCUCUGAGGGCCUCGUGUCGUCCAACGUGCCUGAGGAAGGAGCUCAACAGUCAGUCAUCACCAAGACUGUGCCUCGAGGAGAAGUUCCUCAACCAGAGCCAGACACGUAAUUUGUGGUAUCCAGGGCGAAAUGAAAACAUGGAACCCUAGCUUAAAACGUGGGAAAAGAUACCAUUAAAGGCCCAGCAGCCAUGGCCCACUUUAAGACUGAGCAGGAUGACUGGCUGAUUGUCUACCUGAAGUAUUUACUCUUUGUCUUCAACUUCUUCUUCUGGGUCGGGGGAGCAGCCGUCCUGGCCGUGGGCGUCUGGACCCUGGUGGAGAAGAGUGGCUACCUCAGCGUCCUGGCCUCUAGCACCUUUGCCACCUCCGCCUACAUCCUCAUCUUCGCGGGCGCACUUGUCAUGGCCACCGGCUUCCUCGGCUUCGGUACCAUCCUCCGGGAGCAGAAGGGCUGCCUCUCCACGUAUUUCUGCCUGUUGCUCGUCAUCUUCCUGGUUGAACUGGUGGCGGGAGUCUUGGCCCACGUGUAUUACCAGAGGCUGAGUGAUGAACUAAAGCAGCACUUGAACCAGACUCUGACCAAGAACUACGGGCAGCCGGGAGCCACGCAGAUCACCGCCUCAGUAGACCGGCUCCAGCAGGAUUUCAAGUGCUGCGGAAGCAACAGCUCAGCCGACUGGCAGCGCAGCACAUACAUCCUGUCGCGGGAGGCCGAGGGCCGCUGGGUGCCUGACAGCUGCUGCAAGACAGUGGUGGUGCGCUGCGGCCGGCGGGCCCACCCCUCCAACAUCUAUAAGGUGGAGGGAGGCUGCCUCACCAAGCUGGAGCAGUUCCUGGCCGACCACCUGCUGCUCAUGGGGGCGGUGGGCAUUGGGGUGGCCUGCCUGCAGAUCUGCGGGAUGGUUCUCACCUGCUGCUUGCACCGGAGGCUCCAGCGGCAUUUUUACUGAUGGCCAACCACCUCCUCUUCCAACUGCCCUACAGGAGGACAGGUGGCUGCAUGCCAUCCGCAACGCCUACAGAGUUAGCACCAGCUCCACUAGGGCCAUAGAUGCCCCCUCCUCUGUGCCCAGCAUCUACAAAUCCACCAAGUGCCUAAGACCAUAGCUUCUACUGUGCCCACCCAGGCAGGGACCCUCGGACCCCUCUCCUCCACUUCUGAGCUCCCAUGGCCAGAUCCUGGGCAGGGAAAUGAUCCUUUCAGGAGACAACCAGAGCUCCGCACCAGGCACAGGGACACUGUGGACUAGGGAAGGUUGACAGUUGGGCUCUUUGCUCCCUCCCAGCUCUUGAACCUGGAACAAUGGGCAGAAAACCCAGGUCUCCCAGGUUUUCAGCACUGGAUUCCCCCACCCAUGCUCAAAAGCCCUGACCUUGCUGAUUCUGGAAGAUGCAUGGGGUGGGGCAGGGAGGGCUGGUGUUUCCUCCAGAAGACCUUGCUCUUUGACCUGCCCACUGUCCAUACUGCCUCACCUGGAAAGCCAUGUCCUGCUGGCCUCACUCUUUCCUGCAGGGCCUGGGAGUGGGGAGACCUGGGUAGGGCAGCCACAGGCUAGGUGGAGUUGCUCUGGCAGGGAGCGGGGGUAAGGUGGCCACACCAGCACAUGCUGCAAUAGGAGCAGAGCCCUGUGCCUGCCUAGCAACCUUCCUGGGAGAACCCCCUUGGGGAGACCCUGGCCCCAAGCCCUGACCUCUAGGGACAUGCCCCCCAGAGGGAUCUCCUGUUCCAGGGCCUGAUUCUCAGGAACAUCAGGUUUUUAAACCAUCUUCAGCACCUAAUGCUGGUGGGUGUCAAGCAUUUCCUGGAGUGGACCAACUCAUGACCCUUUAAAGUCGCAGCCACUGAGAAAGGGCAGCUCUGAGUAGAGGGGUGUCUGCCUGAGCCUCACCCUUCCUGGGGCCCUCUCCUUACCCUGUGGCCACCAGCACUCUGCUUCCCCUCCCACCCGUCCUGGAGUGAACAGAGCUUUUGUCUUGGGUUCUCUCUUGCAUCACUAAAUUCAGCAGGGAAUUUUUCAGUAAGAACGUUCCCCAGUGCUAAGGGAGAGCAGAAAGCAAACCCUGGAAAAUACAGAGUAUCCAUGCUGGAAGUUUUCCAGAGAACAGGUGUCAACUUGUACAACACCCAUAGGGAUCCCCCCAAAAUGGCUGUUACAAGGGGGCACCCCAUUACACUAAAACCCCUUGCCUGGCUUCCACCCUCCCCAGGUCCUGCACUUCUUCCCAGGGCAGGACCCUCUUUCAUCCCCCCUACGAAGGGAGCCACCUUGUUGUGCUACCACCAAGGCGGAGAGAGACCCCAGCUCGUCUCCCUACAUGAUCCAGCUCACACCGUGAUGAGCACGUUGCUGACCUAGGCCAAUCCUGGGGGAGGGGUGCUCUCUCUCACAUACAUAGGAUUGGCCUCAAGGCCACCCAGUGCUGACUGCAACAGGGCCCUGAACUGCAUCCUCAGCAUAGGAAGUACCCACAUGGACAGAGGGAAGCCCAGCCGCAGGGCCAGUUGCCUCCUCUUCUCUGGGUAUUCUCCAGUGGCUUCUUGGAGUCUAGGCUGGUUUAACUCCCCUGCCUAAAAGACCCUGGAGUUGCUGAUGCAAAUCCAUUAAAAGGAAGACCAGAUACCCCAGACUGCAGGAGGCCAAGCGAAGUGGCGUAGCGCGUGAUUAGCUUUGCCGCCCUCCCACCUCCUGGGAGUCGUGCAGGUAAUCAAAAAUCAACUGUGACUCCCAAGCUCUCUGAAGGGCGAGAUCACAACAGAUAAGUCUUAUUACAGAGGGAGAGUGGAGAGAGAGAGAGACGGUACUGGGCUAGAGCCAUGUUCUUCCUGGCGGGGUGUCAGGGGAGGCAGCCAUGAGCAGGGGGUGCUGGGGCCUUAUCUGUCUGCCACGGUGGGGAAGAGAGACAGGUGGCAGGCAAGUGCCCUGUGCACAGCCCUGUCACUGAGGGCAGGCCCAGGAGAGCUGCCCCAUCUGCCCCAGCCCCAUGUGAUGGUUGGGCCAGCCUGACUAGGGCAGGAUUAGCUGCUUCCUGCCUUGUGUCAUCCAGCCAGACUGCCACUUGGAGGAUGGCUGGUCCAAGCUGCAAACAGUGGCAGAACCACCCAGGGCUUCUUGGAGAUCUGACCACCUCGUCCAUGCCAACAGCCUGGGAGAUGAGACAAGGUUAGAGGAAAUGGAGGCCCAGGAUAGGGCAGGUUCUGCCUGGGAG